CCUCCACCACAGUCCAUUGGGUUGGUGGUCUGCACCUCACUAACUACUCUCCUCCUGUGGUAAAUGACACCAGAUACAAACCACUGCAUGGAAAACUGGGCACGGAGGAUCAUUUAUGGAUGUGGACAUUUGGAGAUGAACAAUAUCUCAACUGUGGAAGAACACUAAGGGGACAUCAAAAAUCAUACCUUGCAAUACAUCAGGCUUUUGUGCAGCAGGUUGAAAUGGAUCCUCUUCUGGAACAAGUUUUGGCGGGCUUUAACACAACCCUCGGAGCUUCAAAUCGGACAGACCUCCUGGAUAAAUUCUCAGGAACCCAGCUGCUUUUCCGCUUCAAGCCUCUGUUUAUUCCACUCUACGCCUUGGUUGUUGUUGUGGCUGGUGUUGGGAACAGUUUCCUUCUUGCCUGCAUUCUGACGGAUAAGAAGCUCCACAAUGCCACUAAUUUCUUUAUUGGCAACCUGGCAGCUGGGGACUUGCUGAUGUGUCUGAGCUGUGUGCCACUGACAGCAUCGUAUGCUUUUGAUGCACGUGGUUGGGCAUUCGGCCGUCCGAUGUGCCACCUUAUUCCACUGUUACAAGGAGCAACGGUCUUCACCUCUGUAUUAUCCCUGACCGCUAUCGCCAUGGACCGGUAUGUGGUGGUGGCGUACCCAGUACGGAGGCGUAUCUCAGUGUGGGGCUGUGGCGCAGUGGCUUUGGGCGUCUGGGCAGUUUCGUUGGCCCUCGCUGCUCCCCCUUCCCUCCACACACGCUACGUGGACCUGCGACCCAGUGGCAUGGAGCUGGUAGUAUGUGAGGAGUUCUGGCUGGGAGCUGAACGACAGCGCCUACUCUACUCCUGCUUCUUCUUGCUGGCAUCCUACAUGAUCCCCCUGCUGUCUGUAAGCAUCUCCUACUGUGCCAUCAGCGUGCACCUCCGCAAACACACGAUGCCAGGAGAGCCGUCCCAUAGCCACCAGCGAUGGAGCAAACAGCGGCGCAAGACUUUCUCUCUUCUGGUGGCCUCGGUCCUGGCCUUUGCCCUCUGUUGGCUCCCGCUGCAAGUCCUCAAUCUCCUUCUGGAUCUAGACUCGGACUUCCAGAUCCUGGACAAGCACUACGUCAACGUGCUGCAGGUCAGUUGCCACCUGAUAGCCAUGAGCUCAGCCUGCUACAACCCCUUCAUCUAUGCCUCGCUGCACAGCAAGGUCCGCAUGCACCUGCGUGGUUACCUGUGCCCUUGCCAACGUAGUAGGCAGGAGCUACUAUCUCGCUGUGCUUCCCGCAACCCUGCCACCUGCUUGACGCUCAUCUCUGAAGUAGCAGUGAAGGAGAGCCAAUCACCUGAGAGCCCCGUCCCCGACAGCUGCCUCUGAAGAUCCGUGCCACAUCAGCACAGAAUAAUCAGAAGGAGCCCUCAGACAUUACACCACUGGAGUUGUAUUCCAGCCAACAUUCAUUAUUCUUAUAUGAGAACGAAUGCUUUUUGUUUGUUGGUAGGCUUUUCUUUCAUGAGGACUAAAGAGAAUACUCAGGCUCUCCGCUCUGUUUUGAUGUUUCUGUGGACAUUAGUGAUCCAGGCUCAAUAUUCCCUCAUACAUCUCUUUGACCUUAAAUGAAAACACCUGAUACGAAACAUAAAUUUGCAGUGCAGCUUUUACGGAAGGGGUAAAUCUGUUUGGGAAUACCCUGUCCUUGAACCCACCACCGUCAAGAGGAAUAUCAGCAAACCCCAACUAGAUGUUGACAGCUCUUUUUCACACCCUACUUUCUCUUUCUCUCCACUAUUAGCAGGUAGUCAGGGAAAUAUCAGAUGUUUUGGCUGAGGUCCCUUUUUCCCCAUAACCUGUGACCCUGCUGUAUCUUCACGUACAGGAUUAGUGGUUAAUGUUGUUUCUUUAGCUGUCACCCAAACCAGAAAAACAAAAGACGCAGAACAACUUAUAAACCUUCUCAGCCUCACAAGCUUUUAAGGAUCACUGCUCAUCUGAUAUAGACCACUGCCGUAAAACCCCCCAGAACCUCUCACUGUCAGGUCCAGACACUCUCAAGAGGAAUCCAGCAAUUGGAGUUCAAUCAAAUGACAGCCUUUCGCUUCUGAUAAUGGACUUGCAUGCUCUGCUUUAAGACACAUAUGAAAUAGCUCGCACUGGAACACUCCUACAUUUCUGAAAAUAGGCAUACUCCUAUAAAAUGUUCAAGAGAUGGAGCCUGACCUUUUACAGGUGGAAAGAGCUAAAGUAAUGAUAAUUUCACAGGAGCAAGCGCCAGGUGUUUUGCUAUUAUGUGGUUUUGUCGUUUCUCUUGGAGAGCUGUGAGAAUUUAUCUCAUUUUGACAGCUCUGAGGUGUGAGAUAGACUUAAUUAGAUGAUCUACCAUGCAUUCACACUACACUACAUUACUCAUCAAGUCAACCAUUUCUCAGAUGAAUGAACAAGAGUAUUUGACCCAGAAGAUUUAUGGAAAUCAAUGGUGGAAUUUCAGCGUGAGUGUUCGUGUGACAAAGCCAUACUAAUCAUGUUAAGCUGGAUGCACAGUUUGCAAUUUUUUUGGCAUGCUUUAUCGUAGUUGCUUGUCACAUUGUACGAUGUGACCCUAGUGAGAACUUGAGGGGAAAAAACCAACGCAGACUAUGCAACAUCAAAUAUCUUCAGUCCUCAUCCUUGUCAACACCUGUAUCUUCAUUUGUAUGUGAAAUUGGAGUAAAAUUGGAGUUAAAUCUUCUUGCAGUAAUGUGGAAAUGUUUCGCUAGAAAACAAAAAAAAAAUAAAACAAAAGGAUUUUCUGUAGUAUGUCUCUAGUUGCGGCUGGACAAAGAGGUCAUGGACUGCUAAUUUUUUUUAGCGCAAAUAAGUUUUUGUAGUAUUAUCAUAUGAGAAAGUAACAUCAAAUAAGUAGUUACAUUUAUUUUGCAUAUGAUAAAGUUAAACCUUUUUCAACUGACAGAUAUUUCUCUGAAUCAUACAAAUCUGUCAUCAAUGGCUGCUCCCUAUUAGUUCUUCAUUAUUAUGACUGAUUUAUAAUCAAUUAUUUCUAACACUUUCUAAUAGAACUUCACUGGAAGCUAAGAUUCAUCUCAAAUGUUAGUAAAUUGGAACCUCAUACUAAGCCACCUGUGACCAACAAUAAAAAUAAACGGAUGACCCUGGAAAUUAAAAGAAAGAAAGAAAAGAAAUGGCAAAAUCUCACAGUGUGCACUCAGCUUUAGACAUGAAUUACGACAGCAACAAUGUCAAGAAGAAAACCAAUUAAUGCAUACAGUCCUGUAGUUUUCUGGCUGUCUCUCUGAUUCCAUGCUACAACAAUGUGGUUUUAUGGUCUGUGUGACUACAAUCACAUAAAUAGCAUCUGCAGUCAAUACGGGCGACCUUUUGCAAUUGUGUUACCUUGUAAAUGUGAGUAAAAUGCAACAC